AUGGACCCGCCCGCAGGCUCGGAAGUGCCGGGCCUGGUCCCGAACCUGCCAUCUUCGUUCGACCUGCCGUUCCAAUCGGAGGUGCAGGCUGGGAGCAGCGCAUUGGAGCCCUCACAGGCGGCCAAGCUGGCUUCCGAAUUAGCAUCGCUAUCAGCAACGAUGCAGGUGCUGCAGUCGAAGCAAGCGACACUAUCAGGCGAGAGGGACAGCCUCAAGGAGCAAGCGGACCUGCUGAGGAACGUGCUCGUGGGGGGCCUUGGUCUCGCGCUCAUCCCCCUGCUGCUCCCCCUGCAAGCAACCAACCCGGGCACUGUGACUGCCACCACCAGUGUAACCCAGACGCCAGCACCGCCUGCGCCUGAAGUGCGGGAGCUGGCACCAGAGGAGUUCUGCCACACGCUGCCAGCCUCGCUGCUCUCCCCCGACCUCGCAAGAUUCUGCCAGGCUGUCAACAACUUGAACCUGUGA